AAAGUGACCUUCUUCCACUACGCUGUGGUGAAGGAGCACCUGAGGCAGUUUGUGGAGGACCUGCUCCCUCAGAGACUGGUUGAGAAGGUUACAGACAGAAACGACUUUCAAUUCCUGAACAGCUGGCAUGAGCAGAACAAGCCGCACGUGCUUCUGUUUGACCAAGUGCCUGUAGUUCCACUCUUGUACAAGCUGACUGCUUUCGCCUAUAAGGAUUAUGUUCAGUUUGGAUACGUGGACCAGGGCCUGUCAGAGACUGCGAACCUACUGAAGCAGUUCAACAUCAACACCUACGCCCCCACCAUGCUGGUCUUUAAGGAGAGUACAGACAAGCCUGCAGACAUUAUACAGGCUAAAGGGAUGAAAAAACAAAUCGUCGAUGAAUUUAUAACAAACAACAAGUUUCUCCUCGUCCCUCGACUGGUGAACCAGAAACUGUUUGAUGAACUUUGCCCUGUGAAGCAGUUCCACCGACGCAGGAAGUACUGUGUUCUACUGAUCACUGGUGAUGAGGAGUCCUAUACCAUAGGAAACCAGGCCUUCCUCACAUUUGCCUCUACCAACACUCUGGAGGUGGUGAGGUUUGCCUACGUCUACCAAAGACUGCAACAAUCACUGUGUGAUAUUCUGCUGAAGACUAAGGACAGCACACCUCCACCACCACAGGUGUUCAUCUUGGAGCGUCGUAACCCAGCAGGGAAGGUCCUGUACAAGGAGGUGGCGGGUGGUUGGAAUGGUACUGAUGAGGAUAAACAACGUCUGUUGGAUGAGCUGGAGAGGCUGCAGAAAGACCCCUCCAUCCUCAACUACGACGCCAUGCUGCCGGAGCUCAACAAUGAGUUUGCCUCUAUGUUUCUUAUUCGAUGGAUCUAUACAGCAUAUGAUUACAUUUCUGAAAUCCUUGAUGAUAUUCUUCAUAAUAAUUGGCGUGAGAUGAUGCCCCUCCUGUCAUUGAUAUUCUCUGCCUUAUUCAUCUUGUUUGGCACUGUGGUGGUUCAGGCCUUCAGUGACUCUAGUGAAGAUGGCAAAUCCAAACCAAAGGCAAAAGAAGGAACUAAGGCAGAAAAUGGGUCACCGGGUAGCAGCAGCACCUCAAGUCGCCCACCGAAGAAGAACUUUGUGGAGGUGACGGAGCUGACAGACAUCACAUACACCAGUAACCUGGUGAAGCUGAGACCAGGCCAUAUGAACGUGGUACUGGUGCUCACUGAUGCCACCAAGAACGUCUUACUCAGCAAGUUCGCCAAAGAAGUCUACUCUUUCACCGGGAGCCUGACUCUGCACUUUUCCUUCCUGAAUGUGGACAAGCACAGUGCAUGGAUGGAGACGCUGCUG